AUGGUUGGACCUGAGCUGACGGUCGGUGGGUGGUUCGCCACCACUGUGAUUUCCAACUUCGUGGCGAAGGUGCGCUCCAUCUUGGAGGACAACCACACCCUGCAUGCUGAAUCCAUCGAGAUGCUGUACAGGGUAAAGGAAGCGUUGCCCCAGAUCCAGAUCCUGGUCGAGGUGACCGAGCGCAGGGCCAUCUCCAACAGCAGCUAUGCCACAUGGCUGCAGCAAUUCAAGGACGUCGUUUCCGAGGCCGAGGACCUGCUCGACGACUUCGAAACUAAGAGAAUCCGGGAGGUGCUUAAGAAGAAGAAGGUUAGCUCGGUCGUGUACUUCCCUCUCAGGUUUGUGACGAAAUACCUCUCUGACACUGAUCUCCUGAGGCUCAAAGAUGUACUGAUGAAGCUGAACAAGAUCAUCAGUCAUAUCGGUGGACCUGAUUUCCAUGGCAUGAUGGCUUUGGCUGACAAGGAGGGGGUGACUAUAAGAACCACCCUGCCAUUGCCACCGACACAACCGGUGGUCAUCGGUCGGGACAAAGAGAAACGACAGCUGCAAAACAUGAUAUUCCCAACUGUGCAACAGCCUCAAGAUUGUGUGCAAUCCAGCAAGCAGUUUUCUGUCAUUGCUGUUAUAGGACCAGCUGGUGUGGGCAAAACCACUCUUGCUCAGGUAAUCUACAGCAAUCCAAAUGCCAAGGAAGAUUUUGCGUUAAGGGGGUGGGUGAUGGCUUCCCGUCGCAAUCACAAUAAACAGGACAUUGCCAAAGAUAUUGUUGAUUCUUUUGGGAUGGAGCAACAAGAUAGUCUACAAACUGGUCCUUCAGAGAGCGCUUUAUCCAGUACCAUAGAGAACAAGAGGUUCUUCCUUGUUCUUGAUGAUGUACAGGAUAAUCUGCGCGAACUUUGGGGUUCCCUAAGUUCAACACUGAAAGGGGCGGCAAACGGGAGUGUUGUGUUGUUAACAACACGGUCAAAAGAGGAUGCAAAUAUUUUCAGAACAACAGCUCAGGUUUCACUGGAUCAUCUACCAUUCCAAAUCAUGUGCAGAGUUUUUGAGCAUCAUGCAUUUGGAAAGCAGAAAAAAGCAUCCCUUGAAUCAAUUGGCAAGAAAAUAGUGCAAAAUUUGCAUGGUUUACCUUUACUAGCAGAAGCAAUUGGAAGGCUGCUAAGACAAAAGUUAGAUGAGGGACAUUGGCAAAAAAUUUCUGAAAAUCCUUGGUGGCUCUUUUCUGAAGAUGAUGAUAGUGAAAAUGUAGCUCUACCUUCAGUAGCAAUCAUGUGCGAAUAUCUAACUGAUCAUCUUAGAAAGUGUUUGGGUUACUGUUCGAUAUUCCCAUCUGGUUAUUUGUUUGAAAAGAACAUGUUGGUUCACAUGUGGAUAGCUAGUUUCAUGCAGCAACAUGAUGGAAUUUGCGUGGAGGACAUGGAAAAGGAAUGGUUUGAUAAGCUUUUCAACCACUCAUUCUUCCAGUCCACUAUAUGGAAAAACAAGUACACCAUACCUGGUAUGAUCAAAGAGCCAUUACAAGUCAUUGCUGGAAAAGAAUGCCAUGCGGCUACAGAUUCUGGAGAACCCAAAAGAAGGCUCCAACUUCAUCGUCACCUGGUCAUCGAUAUUUCUGAUUUUCAUGAGCACUUGGAUUUAGGGGAGGCCAAUAAGGUACGGACAGUUUUAUUUUUUAAUGGGCGCAGAACAAUUAGAUCACAUGAAGCUUUUGCUAAUAUUUUGGCUCAUCCUGGUAGCCUACGGGUACUAGACUUCUCUUACUCUGAAGCGAAGUUAAGAAAGUUUCCUGAUUUCUUAAAAGCUCAGACAGUUUCUCUAGUCUACAAGAUAGGGAAGCUGACAAAUCUCCAAGGGUUAGAGGAGUUUCCUGUUGGCAAAACAGAAGGGCACAAAAUAACAGAACUGAAGAACUUGAAUGAAAUUAGCAGGAAACUUUGUAUCAGUAAUCUCGAGGAAGUAACCCACAUAGAUAAGCGUGAUGCUGUACUAUCCAAAAAAGUGUACUUAAAAAAGUUGGUGUUGAAAUGGGGCUUGGCAACAGGCACAUCAACAAUUGCAUCUUAUGGUUGCAUGGAAACGCUUAACAGCCUAGAACCAAAUGCAAAUCUUGAAGAGCUCGAGAUUCAAUGUUACAUGGGAGUAGGACUUCCAGCAUGGAUGGCAGAUAGGGAGCGUUUCACCAAACUGAAGCACAUUCAUCUUGUUGAAUGUAAACAGUUAAGAACGCUUCCACCUCUCGGCCAACUCCCUUCCCUUCUGAUUUUAGUGCUACAAGGCCUAUCGGUAGUUGAAAAAAUUGGAAGCGAAUUUUAUGGAAAAAGUUACAGGGUAUUUCCAUCACUUGAGGAGCUCAAGUUCCUUGAUAUGCCAAAUUGGAGGGAGUGGUCAGAUAUAGAAGAAAUGCAAGACUCGUGGAACCUCCAGUUUCCACAUCUUAGAAAGGUCCAAAUCAGGAAUUGCAAAGUUUUGAGUGGCAUGCCGUUAUGUUGCUUACAAGCAUCACUUGAGGAACUUGAUAUUUCAGGAUGUGACGAAAUGCUUGCAUGUAGACCAAGCUGUUCAGAGGAGUUAAAAUGUUUCUUGUGUUUAAAAGUCCACCAUUGUUUGGGCAGAAUUUAUCUUCCAUGUGAUUGUUUAGGAUCACUUGAGGUUUUGAAUCUUCAAAGUUGCAAGGUAUACUUCCAGGGAGGUCGAGGGCAGAUCAUCAAACUGAGGAGGAUUUUAACCAGUGAUUGUACUGAGCUAAAAGCAGAAGGCAAAGAACAGUUGGUUCUUGAAGUGUCAAUUUCCAAAGGUAUUUCUUAA